UAGAAUAGUAACUUGUACCAUCAUAUCCACUCCAUAUGCGUCCAAUUAGGCCCACAUAUGACAUAUAUUUACCGAAGCCCAAAAGGACCAAACAGGUCAAGCCCAAGAAAGAAUCAUUUCCCGCCAUUUUCGUACCACAGAAUUCAGAUCUGAGUAAGAAGAUAGCUCGUUGCCGCCAAAGCCUACAUCUUCACACACUACACACACUCACACUCUCUUCUCCAAAUUGUCAGAUUCAGAUCAGGGAGGUAACUACAGUGGAAAAGAUGAGCAGUGCAAUGAGAAAUAAAGUUCAGAGGAAAUUCAAAAUGAGGGGUUAUACGCUCAAAAUCGAAGCCCUAUCCGAAAUCCUCGGUUUUCUAAGCCGCUUCCCUGAAGCAGAAGAUGAAGCAAUUGAACUCCUCCUUGAUGAGCUCCACCACCUUUCACUGAAAUCCUCGAUACUGGAUAAGGAGCCGGUGCACAAAGUGGUCAGUCUUUUGCUGGAAGCUGAGGCUGCAGUUGAGGAGAGUCCAACGAGUAGUGGUUCUGGCUCGUCUGCUUCUGCUUUGAGGAUAAUUGAUGCCUUUGAUUUUCCGAAAUUUAGAUAUGAUCCAAUCAAGAAAUUGUUUCACAAAUACACAGGGAAGCUUCCAAUUCAUGGUGAUGCUUCUGCCAAGGCCACUUUAUACAGGGACAGGUUUCUCAUGUUGUCUCAAAGGCUCUCUCGUGAUCCCCAUUUUUCCAAGCCUGUUUUUGAUAGUGAUAUAUCUGAUUACGGCAGCUGCCAGAUAUCCCCAAUUCAAUCUCUGGUUGGUCAGACAGGAAAGCGGUGGGUGAUGGGUCUUAUAUCUCAGCUGGAGGAUGGUCAUUUCUACUUGGAAGACUUAACUGCAGCUGUCGAAGUUGAUUUAUCUAAUGCAAGAAUAACAACAGGGUUCUUUGCAGAAAAUACAAUAGUCUUAGCAGAAGGCGAGAUGCUCUUGGAUGGUAUCUUUCAGGUGAAAACGUGUGGAUUUCCUCCACUGGAGGACCGAGAAAAGUCUGUCACAAUGUUUGCAGGAAUUGAUUUCUUUGGUGGUGGUUCACUUACAAAAGAAGAGACCAUUAGACUUGCAGAGCUGGAAAGAGGCGCAGUGAAUGACAUGUUUAUUAUACUCUCUGAUGUCUGGUUGGAUGAUGAGGAGACUAUGGAAAAACUUGAGACCAUCCUCAGUGGUUAUGAGAAUGAGAGCGUGGUUCCUUCUCUGUUUGUUUUCAUGGGAAACUUCUGUUCUCAUCCAUGCAACCUUUCUUUUAAUUCUUACUCAACCCUCAGAUUACAGUUUGGGAAGCUAGGAAAAAUGAUUGCAGCUCAUCAACGUCUUAAAGAACAUAGCAGAUUUCUUUUUAUUCCUGGUCCUGAUGAUAUAGGGCCUUCAAAUGUGCUGCCCAGAUGCUCACUGCCAAAAUACAUAACUGAGGAGCUUCAAAGUCACAUCCCAAAUGCAGUGUUCUCAAGUAAUCCUUGCAGGAUCAAAUUUUAUACCCAAGAAAUUGUGUUUUUCCGUGAAGAUAUGCUUUACAGAAUGCGCAGAUCAUGUCUGAUGCCUCCCUCAACUGAAGAAACAAGUGAUCCUUUUGAGCAUCUUGUUGCCACUAUAACACAUCAAAGCCAUCUGUGCCCUUUGCCUUUGAGCGUACAGCCCAUCAUCUGGAACUUUGAUCACUGUCUUCACAUCUAUCCAACUCCACAUACAAUAGUCUUGGGGGAUAGAAGUGAACAAAAGGCAUUCAAGUACACUGGAAUUACAUGCUUUAAUCCUGGUUCCUUCUCAAAUGACUUCACUUUCGUGGCAUAUCGACCUUGCUCUCAGGAGGUUGAACUAUCAGCCGUGUAAGUACACACACCAAAGAUUAAAUACGUUGAUUGGUUUUCUCAAAUGACCAUUCUUACCUAGCUUGGGGAUCUGCCUCUUGGAAAGUCUAACUACCAGCUAUGUAAGCAAUGAUUUUAGUCAUAAUGCUUUGACUAGUGAGAAUUAUGUUGUAUUAUUUUGUCUGAAAAUUUUGUGCAGAUAUACUUUCUAAGUAGUAUCCUAAUUUCUACAUAUUCUCUAUGUAAUAUAAAGAGUGGUUAUGCCUAAUCUAACUUUAUGGAUAUGUUUUGACUCUUGGGAACAGGAGAAUUAGUGCAAAA